UACGUGGCGGAAAUGUUUCCGGCCAGCUGGCUUUAGCAGUAGCAAGCCGGCGGAAAUGACGCUUUAUGUGUGGGGACUAAUGCGGUUGCCUUAGUGACAGAGAAGCAUAAUCUAAAUGCUGAGAAGAAGAUGCCCGAAAUGUUGCCCCGUGGACAGCAGGACGAACUGAGCGAGGAAGAUGAUUCCAAAAAGGGUGAAUACUCUUGCAUCCUGUGGACUGGUGGUCCUCGAAAGGUUCCUAUUGUAAUGUUUCAUGCAGAAGGCGUUCUUCACAAAAAUCUGUCACUGCGUGCAGUAGGAGAGCGCUAUAGAUUAUCCUAUAAGAUAGUUCGCACAGACAGCCGCUUAGUCCGCAGCGUUCUUUCUGCCCAUGGAUUUCAGGAGGUUAAUGCCAACAGCAAUGACUUCAACAUUAUGUGGACUGGGUCCCAUAUAAAGCCUCACAUCAUGAGAAGCCUUACCAACUUUCAGAAAGUCAAUCACUUUCCCAGAUCCUAUGAGCUGACCCGCAAGGACAGACUGUACAAAAAUGUGCAGCGCAUGCAGCAAAAUCAUGGCUUUAAGAAUUUCCACCUGCUGCCAGAGACUUACCUACUACCUGCUGAAUAUCAGAAUUUCUGCAAUGCUUUUGCUAAAGAUCGUGGUCCUUGGAUAGUGAAGCCAGUUGCCUCAUCACGUGGCCGUGGAGUUUACUUGAUUAAUUCUCCAUCUCAUAUCAGUAUGGAGGAUAACAUUCUGGUGUCUCGGUAUAUUGGAAACCCCCUUCUUAUUGAUGGAUUUAAAUUCGAUGUUCGGCUGUAUGUGCUAAUCACUUCUUAUGACCCUUUAGUCAUUUAUCUAUAUGAAGAAGGACUUACCAGGUUUGCCACAGCAAAGUAUGAGAGAUCUGCCAAACAAAUAAAAAAUCAGUUUAUGCACCUAACUAACUACAGUGUGAACAAGAAGAGCAGGGACUAUGUGAGUUGUGAUGACCCAGACGUAGAAGAUUAUGGAAACAAAUGGAGCAUGAGUGCCAUGCUACGAUAUUUAAAACAGGAUGGGACAGACACAACGGCUCUUAUGGCACAGGUAGAAGAUCUAAUCAUUAAGACAAUCAUUUCUGGGGAGCUUCCUAUUGCAUCUGCAUGUAAAUCCUUGAUUAUCCACAGGGGAAACUGCUUUGAACUAUAUGGGUUUGAUGUGCUAUUUGAUGGGAAUAUGAAGCCCUGGUUACUGGAAGUGAACCUGUCUCCAUCAUUAGCUUGUGAUGCCCCAUUGGACUUGAAGGUGAAAGCCAGUAUGAUCUCGGACAUGUUUACCCUAGUUGGUGUAGAGUGUCAAGAUCCACAACAGAAGUUUGGACAUGCAAGUACUUCUUUCUAUGAUAAACGCACCCAGAAAUCCACACGCCAACGUCCACUCUCUGCUAGUGACAUAGACACUGGUUUGCAGGGGGGCAACAGAGAGAAACCUGUGAGACACACAAGCUGUUUACUAGGGCUCUCCAUAGAGGAGUUGAAGAUAUUGCGCCGAGUUCAAGAUGAGGAUGAAAGAAGAGGAGGGUUUGUUCGCAUUUUUCCAAGACAUAAUACAUGGCAACUUUAUGGGUCUUUCCUGGAAUAUAAAACUUCCCUGAAUUACAUGUUAGCAACGCAUCUCUUCCCAAACAGGGCUGCUGUGAAUGACCACUGUGGAAAGAACUGGGACACCAGGACGCAUGCAGCUCUGUAUGAACGAAAACUUGUAUCAUUGCAUCUUCGUAGGGCGCGGCACCGCGGGCUGACACGCAGGACAGGCUUACUGCAUGCUUCUCAGUGUACUGAUCAAGAACAGAGUAGCAAAGAACAAGAGGAGGAAGAGGAGGAGGAACAGGAUGAGAACCAUGAAGAAUUAGAGGUGGUGCAGGAAAAAGUCUUAACACCUCCAGACUCCACCAAAAUAGUCAUACCACCACCACCUCCUCGCAUCAGCCUCAUGGAUAUUCUCAAGAAAGGUGCUGACCUGAGUAAGGUCCAAGCACGAAAUGCAUUCUCCUGCUACCUGCAGCGGGUGAAGAGUCGUCUUCAAACUGAGCAAGAACCAGAGAGCGUUCAACCUAAGGAGGAGGAGCAAAUAGAAUUAGUGAUGCGAUUUCUGCAGCGGGCUGCUGCAAACUUGCAGCGUUCUCUGCCUUUGAGUCUCCCAGGACAUUCUGUCCCAUACCGUGAAAGGCGCAAGUUGCUGGCAAAACUGCUUGGAAAUUUUGUUGCUUUGUAUAAUCAGGAAACACAGCAGAUGCGGAGCAGUGAGGAGACACAAAGCAAUGAAGUUUGUGGAGUUAAUCCUGAUGAUUUUCAGGCAUUUGUAGCUGAUGCCAGUGAAAGUGAAUUGGAAGAGGUCCUCACCUUCUACACGCAAAAGAAUAAAUCUGCAAGUGUUUUUCUUGGGACCCCAAGCAAUGCAAACAGGAGAGAAACAGGAAAAACACAAGGUUCCCAGGACAGACUGACAUGUGAGAGAAGUGUAGUUAUGAGCUCGGCAUCUAGCCAUCCAUCAGUUGGCAAACCAGGAUAUUCUCAAGAGUGUAAUGUGCCUGACGUUCCCAUCAUGUGCACUAACUCAGCGGUCAAUGGGUUACCUGAAAAUUGCUUACAAAGGACCAGUACCACUCAUGUGCUUAGUAAUGGUGUGAGUUCAUGUUCUACUACUGCUGGAAGCAAUGGAAUGCAUUCAUCCCCUGCAAAACUUUCUGUUACCCCUGGUACAUGGGCCCAAACUGGUUCUCGCCCUCAGUCCAGCAGCCUGGGAACGUUUUCCUCCUUUCAAAGUGCAGCUCAAAUCUACAGCCAGAAACUAAGGCGCCCAAGCUCUACCCGUUCAGCCAGCAGUCAUCAGAGUGCAUUACGCUCUCGCUGUAGCUCAGCUGGAUUAGUAAAAGAGCUAGAAGUUCCAUACAAUGAAAGUGCAGUAGCAGCUUCUCUUCAGCGUCUGGCAGAGAGACAAUCGGGUCAGCAGUACUCCAGGCAACUUAGACUUCUUACACAGCAGUUAACCAGCAUGAAUAUAAAAGAUGGUGCUUUUGGAAGUGGAGGUUUUCGGCAUAGUUCUGCAAAGAGCUCCUGUGGAAGAGCUAUUCAUACAAACAGUGAAGCUGUAGAUUCAGGAACUAGAGAUAUACAAACAAGACGCUCUGCAUGGGCGAGCGAUCAAGAAAGUAACGCUUUCACCCUUACGUCAGAAGUCCCUCUUCAGCAUCAACCCCAUCAAAUGCAUAAAACAAACAAAGUACAGCGUCCCGACUCUGCUAGCAUCUCUCUGACCAACCAAACGUGCCCUCUUUUGCCCACCCCACCAGCCAAUCAAAAGCAGUCUGCAGCCAGACCUUUAUCUGCUACACGUAUAGUCAGGGUAGCACCAGUAGAUCGACAUGGGACCCCCACAUCUACAAUUGUCAGUGACUUUGGAACCCCGUCACAAGGUUCCGUGGAGGCCCCUCAAAUUAUAUUUGCCAGAGCAAGAGCUCCAGCUCCCAGAAUCGACAGUAAAGGGCAAAGAAAAUGAGACAGGCAGAUAUUUCCCAUGUGUUCCCAGAUUUUUGUAAUAGUUUGGUGUCUGCUUGUGUAUCACAGAUUAUAGAGGCGGCUAUGUGCUCUUGCAAGACUGUUUGAUUUUCUUUAAAUACUCAUAUGAGCAAUCUGUAAAAUUAUGAAAUCGAUUUGAAAUAUCUUACUUGCCAGCCUGAUCCUGUUUUCCACCAAUUGGAUGCUUAGGGACAGAGUAUAUGGACAUUCUUUUAAUUGUAUAUAUUUUUUUUAUUCAUCUCUGUACAUAAAGUAAAUUAUUUUCCCAAA